AUGGCGAACCUUGAUCAUCCAAUUACACCAGAUGAUAUCGGCAAUGUCAAGUACUCAUACGACUCACUAGACUCUUCGAAGAAUGAAAUACGGCUGCUCAAAUUCUCCAAAGACACUUCUGACAGCACUUGGAGCAGCACUGCAUGUUCCGUUGUUACAGUCGCUUUGCCUGAGGCUCCGGCGUACUGUGCUAUCAGCUAUGUCUGGGGCGAUCCAACUCAUCUGAGAGACAUAGAACUCGAUGGAUUGCAGGUGCCGGUACUUGCAACUGCAGUAGAAGCACUACAGCAAAUGCACGCGGCAGCAUUCAUCGCAUCUAGUCACACAGCAUACAUUUGGGUCGACGCAGUGUGCAUAGAUCUAGACAACGACCAAGAGCGAGCGCAGCAAGUCAUGAUCAUGUCUGAAAUUUAUUCAAACGCGACGCAGGUCUUGGCUUUUCUGGGACUGUCCUUCUCGGGGCACGUAGAAAUCCAGUCGAGCAUAUGUGCAUCGGCCAGAGCUCUUCGAGAGGCGGCAGGGUCGAGGAAGGGUCUGAACAGACUACUCAACUUUGAUACGGACCUGUCAGUAGCAGAAUACUUGAAUGGACUGGACAAAGCCUUGCUGGCCAAAUUCUACGCAAGUCCCUGGUUCACCAGGCUGUGGAUUCUGCAAGAAGCCGCUCUAGCUCGAGUUGCUAUGGUCUUUUACGGAGACCACAGUAUACCUCUGCCAGACGUCAUCAUAGUCGCUCGUGCUCUCGUGAAGAUGGAGAGACACAGCGGCCGCUUCGAAGUCAGUAGAGAUGCUCUGUCGCACGGCAUCCGGCACUGCAAAACAUUAUUCAAUCUACGUGUUUGGCAUGCUUGCAAGCUCAAUUUGGCGCACGAGGGUGACUGCCGUAGAGGCCAAUGCCACUCUGGCUUACCACUAACAUAUCUCCUAGAGGUGAUGCACAAUCAUGCCAACUCCGAGAUGCGAGACAAAGUAUAUGCGAUCCUGGGCCUUGCUCAUGUAUCGGUAGCGCACGAUCUUCGACCGAACUACAAUCUUCCACUGGAGGUUGUAUAUACACAAGCGACACGUCUCGCCUUUCAGCAGGACAACUCGUAUGAGGUGAUGCGCUGGGCCAGGACUAACGGAAAUCAUCUGAAUGAAUGGUACCGCGAGCACCACUGGCCCACCUGGCUACCAUUAUGGCAAGAGCCAUAUGGUCGCCUCAAAAACCCCUCUGGUCUGCCCUGGUGGACAUUUCGAGCAUCCAACAGCCGCACUGUAAUAUUCCCCACCGAGCUUUCCGAUCCCGUCCUGCGCUGUGAAGGUGUCUUCAUAGACGAUCUGCAGUAUACUUCCUCGACAUUACUCCCUGGCGGAAAAUUUAAAGAAGACGACCAAACCGCCUUACAGGCACUCCAGGACGCGAUCCGGGUGUUCUCUCCCAUGGCACAAAAGGCUCGUGGCGUCAGAUCGGAUAUCGAUAUCGACUCCCAUAUCAUGGCCCUCGCCGGAACGCUGGCCGCGGGCGCAUUGCGACUCCGCUCGCAGGAUGAGUAUAAUGCUCGACAACCACCACCCCGUAACAACAAAGCCGUGCUUACAGCGUCCGAAUUGGCAGAGAUGGCCCACAGUAGUCUGACGCGGAAUGCAGAUGCGAGCAGUGCAGGACAAGCGAUGAAGUAUCUCUAUCAUUUCCAAUUCCAUAGUCGUUUUCGGAAAUUCUUCUUGACCAAGGAUGGAUACAUGGGAAUCGCGUCGCAACAUGUGAGGAUGCAGGACUCGCUCUUCCUGGCCAUGGGCAAUAGCGUGCCGUGGAUUUUGCGGAGAGAAGAGGGACAUUACCUCUUUAUGGGGGUGUGCUAUGUUCAUGGCAUUAUGCAGGGCGAAUUGGCGUCUGAACUUGGGGUGGAAGAUAUCGCAGAAAAGGCACAGUGGGUUAAUAUCCAUUGA